GAUUUGGAAGCUCAGGAAGCGCAGGAGUGACACAAAGUCAAAUUGCUCCAGCAUUUGGACAAACUACAGGUUCAACUAAUAAUAAUAGUUCUAAUAGUACAACCGGAAUUUCAAGAGGAGGAGGAUUAUUUGGUUCUUCAAAUACCUCACAGCAGCCGAGUUCUAACAUUUUCGGUAGUAAAGGUCUAACAGGAUUUAGUAGUUUCGGAUUAGGAGGUGGUCAAACACAGCAAAAUACUAAUACUAAUACUACUACGACGACUGGUGCAUUCGAUAAUAAUGUUAAUAAACCUGCAACUCUGUUUAGUGCUCCAUCUACGACAACAUCAUCAUCCUCAACAUUUGGAGCCUCACUUUUUGGUAGUAAUUUUGGUGCUUCGAAUCAAACGAAGCCUUCGUUUUCUGGAUUUGGUGCACCUGCAGGAACCGCAGCAGCUGGAUUUGGCGCUUCCCAACAAUCAGGAUCAACUACUGGUGGAUUUGGCGUUCCACAACAAACAACUCAAACAUCAACAGGUGCUGGAUUUGGAGCUUCGCAACAACAAACAACACAGCAAUCGGGAUUAACAACUAGUGGAUUUAGCCAGUCGCAACCAACAUCAACUCAGUCAUCAUCUUUAUUUGGGGGAACUCAACAAAAAGGUCAAUUAUCUUUUGGUUCUUCCACUACCUCGACUACAAACGCUCCAGGUUUAGGAUCUACUAGACCUCCUCCUUUUCUACUUAAUAAUAAUACACAAGGAUCUACUCUAACAACUAAUGCUGGGGGAACAGGUGGUGGGGAAACGACUGACACUACAACCCCUAAACCAUUUUUCAGUGUUCCCUCUACUACGACAGCAACUACCACAACAGGGUUCGCAGGACUUGGUACUACUACUAAUAACAAUACAACUUCAAAUGCUCCUAAAACUAGUGAAACAAACAAACCAAGCCUUUCGGGCCUUUUUAGCUCAACUGGUUCAACAUCUGCUACUACCAAUUUAUCAAAGCCCUCCAGUGGGAAAAAAGAGACUGCGCCAACGACGACAUCCACAUCCAGCAAUGGAUUCAAGUUAGGAGGUACUAUUAAUACUACUGCACCAACAGGUUCUUCGAAUAUAUUUGCAAGACUUGGUCAAACUACAGCUUCUACUUCAAGUGCGCCUGCAUCAUCAACAACAACUGCACCGUCCGCCGUUUCCAAUUUAUUUAAACCAUCAGAAACAGCGAAUAAAACGGAAACUGCGCAACCUACUCAAAUAGGAACGACGGCUACGUCUUCGGCUGCUGGAAAUAAAGGUCUGAGCUUUGCUCCUUUGACAUCAGCAACUACUUCAAAAUCACCGGCUAUCACAACUACAACGGGUAAUGGUGCACCUGCAACAACCACGACAACUACUGCAGUAUCGGCUCCAUCAUCCACAACUACCACCACUAAGCCUAUACCAUCAAUAACACAGACAACAAGUAGUGCUGCUGCUACACCAGCAGCUGGUAAUAAACCAGUUUUAACAGCUGUUACUCCAUCUUCAGGAAAACCAAACAUACCUGAAGUACCUAGUUGGCUACAAGACGCUACAAUCCGAGAUAUGAUUAAUCGCUGGUCAGAUGAUUUGAAUAAUUGUGAGCGAACCUUUCAAACUCAGGCAAAGGAAGUGCUUGAGUGGGAUCGAAGAGUUAUGGAAAAUAAUGGAAGACUAGAGAACUUACUAGCACAAAUUGAACGUGCCAAUAUUGUUCAACGGGAAAUUGAUAUGAGUCUGGCGAGCUUUGAACAGAGGCAGCAGGAGAUGGAUCAGUUAUUACAGCAAUAUGAAUCGAGUUAUAAACUUGCUUCAACAAUUAACCGUGACUUGAAUUCAAUGAGCAACCAACUUUCUAACAUUAUCAAUGAUAUAAAUCGUAACACGUCUACAUUUGGCACUGAUACUUUUUCGGCUGCUGAAUUUGAAGAAGAUACAGCUAUGGAAGAUGCAGAUGAUGCGGUCGACGAGGUCGUCAAAAUUCUUAAUGCGCAUCUGAUAUCAUUGCAGUGGAUUGAUCAAACUGUUAGUCAGAUGUCUGAUCGAAUUCGCGAAGCCCAGAAUGCAUUGGAAAUGGUCAAAAGUAACAAAACAUGA